GUAUAUGUUGGCUGUGAUCUCGUUGGUGGUGGCGUCUGCGUCGGCCCACACAUAUUACAUGGAUUUGAUCCCGAAUGGACACAAUGUACCAAACCCAUGUGGCGGAAGUGCUUGGUUAGCAGUAGGCCAUUACGACCCAACUCAUCAUACCCAUGACAAAAAUCAGUUUGGACUGGACUUUAAAAACGCCGGGCACCAGUGGACAAAAACAUUGUGUCAAAUGGACAGUGAUAAGGACGGCCAAUCGAACGGAGUGGAACUAGGUGAUCCUAACUGUACAUGGACCCCUGGUACCCCAGCCCCUCAGCCUGCAACCGGUCACCCAGGCAUCUGCAACCCAGUUGGCAGUUGUGCGGGACAGUCAUUCUCCUGCGGAUGUCACGGACAUAACUGCGUCGGAAAAUAAACUUAUGAAAUUG